AUGAAUGUCGAAGCCUACAUUAAAUCAUUUGCUGCUGAUGUAACCAUCAAACAAGUUUUUCGUAACAAUGAAACGAAACCAAUCGAGGCUGUAUACUGUUUUCCAAUAGAAGAACAAGCAGCAAUCUACUCAUUUAUUGCUCGAAUUGAUGUUCGAGAAAUUAUAGCACAGUUAAAAGAAAAACAAGAAGCGCAACGAGAAUACAGUGAUGCUAUUCGUCAAGGUCAUGGUGCAUAUUUACUCGAACAAGAUGAGAAAUCUCAAGAUAAUUUUAUUAUCAACGUUGGUACACUACUACCCGGUAAAGAGUGUCAUAUUCAUAUAUCGUAUGUCUCCGAACUGAAUCUUGUUCAAAAUGGAAGUAGCAUCCAAUUUGUUGUUCCAACAACAAUCGCACCACGUUACAACCCUGAGAAAGGCGGAAUUAGUUCACCAGCUGGUACUACAUCCAAAUACGUUCAAACAGCUCCAUACACAAUUGAAUUUCGUUGUCGAGUGGAGAAAGCCAACAUCUCUCGAGUGAGUUCAACGUCUCAUCCAAUUCAGAUUGAUCUUAGCCAAGAGAAUGUAUAUGUCAUUGAAUUUGCACAACAAAAUACCUAUCUAGAUCGAGAUAUUUUGUUCGAUAUUGAAUUAGCUAGCAGUCAUGCGAAUAUCAUUGUUGCUGUGGAGCAAGUUGCUGUUAUGGCUUCAUUUAUACCAACUAAAGAAGAUUGUCAACGCGCGAUGAAUAAUAUGAAGACGACCAAUGAAUUUAUGUUUGUUAUCGAUUGCAGUGGAUCAAUGCGAGAUGAGAACAAGAUCGAAUUGGUGCGUCAAGCCAUGUUACUCUUUCUCAAGAGUCUUCCAAUGGAUUGUUAUUUCAAUAUCAUUCGAUUCGAAACAAAUCAUGAGACAUUAUUCAAAGAGAUUACUGCUGUUUACAAUGAACAAAAUGCUCAAAAAGCUAAAAAAUUCAUAAAUUAUUUGCAAGCGGAUUUGGGUGGAACUGAAUUGUUAAGACCACUUCAAUGGUUAGAACAACAUUCGCCAGAAGAAGGUCGUGCACGACAAAUAUUUCUGUUGGCCGAUGGAGAAAUUUCAAAUGUCAACGAAGUACUUAAUCUAUGUCGUUCAAUGGCUACUUCGACACGUAUAUUUUCAUGUGAUUUGGGUCAUUCGCCAAGUCGCUCACUGGUCAAAGGUCUUGCUCGAGCAACAAAUGGACGCUUCGUUUUUAUUCCGCCUAAAACUAGUGUCGAUGUUCAUGUUGGUGAACAGUUACAAAAAGCUCUUCAAUCGUCUAUAACCAACGUACAAGUGGAAUGGAAUCUUGGUACUAAUGUUAUGAGUGCACCAACAAAAAUACCACCAGUCUAUGCUAAUGAUCGUCUAAUUGUCUAUGCACUUACCAAUGAUCCAAUGAUUGUCUUCGAUCACAAUUCGAAUGUCAAAUUACAUACCAAUAAAAAUUUAAUAUAA